AUGUCUACCCGCCUUCGUCCGGACAAAUGGAAGAGCCUCGCGCCCCCACCCCUCCCGGGUCCUGCAUUUGCUGCACAGAGCUCCCUCCCGCGUUUGCCUGUCCCGCCUCUGAUAGAUACCAUUAGCAGACUCAAGGAGGCUCUUCGCCCAAUUGCGACAGAUGACGAGGAAUACAGCGAGGCUAUACGAAAAAUUGAUUCAUUUGCAAGCGGGCCAGCCGAAGAGCUGCAGCGCAGGUUGCAGGCGCGACAUGCGGAGACCACACACUGGCUGGAGGACUGGUGGGACGAUGGCGGAUACCUGGCUUACCGCGAUCCGGUAAGCAACACUUCAGGCAUCCAGUGGCCAGUCAUCACACCUAGGUCCUUCAGGUCUUAUGUAAUUCCAACCAUAGACGGAUUCGAUGACCACCCGGCACAUCUGCCUCAGACACCAGCACACCGGGCCGCCUCAAUCGUGCGCGCCGCCAUGCUGUUCCGCCAGAAGCUCAAGUUAGGUCAACUUGAACCAGAGGCAACGAAGGAAGGUCCGAUUUGUAUGGAUACGUAUCGGUGGAUGUUCGAUUGCUGCCGUGUUCCUGGUCAGCCCGCAGAUUGGAGUGUAACCUAUUCGAAUGCGGGUGACCGCGGUGAUUCUGGCCACGUAGUUGUGCUUCGCCGGGGUCGUGCAUGGAAAUUGGAGCCAUGGCAGGAGGGAAGCUUGUUGAGUGUUUCUGAAUUACUGAAGCAGAUUGAGUACAUAUAUGCGCAUACAGCGGAGGAAUACCCUGCUGUCGGUCUUUUAACUGCGGGGGACCGUGAUGCGUGGACUAAGGACUACGACGCGCUUGCAGCUCAUCCUCAGAACAAGGAAGUUCUUCAUACAAUCCACUCUGCGGCGUUCGUGCUUUGCCUCGACACUGAACACGCGCCGGAUUUGGUUUCGCAUAGCCGAUUGCUGUGGCAUGGUGCUAUUUCGUCCUCGUCUCCUGCAGAAAUGGGCCUUCGUAACAGGUGGAUGGAUAAACCGGUCCAGUUUGUCGUGAUGGACGACGGGAAGGCCGGCCUAGUUGGGGAGCACUCCGUAAUGGACGGGACACCGACAGUAAACCUCUGCGAUCAUGUUCUGGACACGAUCGCCGCUCCAGGGUUUUCCGAAACCGAAACUAUGUCGUCCAUCUCCGUCCAUCCAUCACCACUGGAUUGGUUCAUUUCUCCGGACACGGAAAUUGCCAUCACACGCUCCGCGAGCGCUGCUCACGCCCUAGCUUCAAGCCAAGCACUGAAUAUCGUGCGCACGCGGUAUGGAAAGCGCGAGAUCAAGGCGUUUGGCGUGUCGCCGGAUUCAUGGGCGCAGCUCCUUGUGCAGUUUGCCUACGCGAGACUGUUGCGCGCACGCGGAGAACGCCGUAUGGGCGGGACGUAUGAGGCUGCGUCGACGCGGCGAUUCUUCAAGGGCAGGACGGAGGCGAUCCGCGUCGUGAGCACAGAAGCAGAUGCCUGGGUGCAGGCAAUGGAUGACCCGGUCGUGAGCAUGAAGGUGCGAAGGGAGCUAUUUGCAGCUGCUGCAGGAGUGCAUAUAAUGAGGGCGAGGAUGGCAGGAAAGGGGCUGGGGGUCGAUCGGCACUUGUUAGGUUUGAAGAAGGUUCUUAAAGAAGGAGAAGCGAUGCACGAGAUGUUCUCUGACCCCGUCGUUACACGCUCGAGCUAUUGGGUGCUCAGCACAUCCGCUGUGUUCUCGAAACACUUUGGACCGUACGGGUGGGGAGAGGUCGUCCCUGAUGGAUUCGGCGUUGCAUAUAUGACGGGAUUUGACGACUAUCUACAGUUUACCAUCACCUCCCGGACCGAAAUGCCCAACGAGCAAUUUUGCGCGGAGAUUGAGCGUGCUGCAGAAGAUUUAUACAAGCUACACUCUACACUAGGAAAAGAGCAGCAGGGGUUUUCCACUGCACCACCCAAUUCGAGGCUGUGA